UUUCAUUACUCAGGUAUAAAAGAUGCGUAAGUUUUUGUCCUCUAUGAUAAUGCCCAGAUCAUUCACAUUGACGAGUACCUCACUCGGCUACACAACUUCAUCCUGACGUGUCCACCUCCAGCACUCUCCUUUCUGAUCUUGUCGUAUCCUUACGCUAUAAACCACUCCCAGUAUCUAACCCUAUACAUCGAUGAGUUAGACCUUGAUGCUUUCAUUAUCCCUGCCCAUGCUUCCUGGCUUUGAUUAACGUAGUCCACCUGAUAUUAAGUCUAUCUGCUCAUAUUUUUAUCCCUUGAUUACUGAAAUGAAGUUACCAACUUGGUGUGAAAAUAUUCUCCAUUCAUUCCUAAGAGGUGAUUUUAGUUGGUAUAACUCACACACUGUAGGUUUCCAUGCUUACCACCUACCAGAUAAGAAGAAAAUCUGGGCAGCCAGUAACGCAACGAACUGAUAUGCCGAUCAUUUCAAUAAGUGCUGAGUAUGACAGUAGUAGAAAUUUACAUCUCUACUUUUUGCAAUUCUUUACAAGUGUGAUGGAAAUGUCCAUUGCUAUCACAAAUCCAUCGUCCACGGCUUACGAAAUCCACAUUUUCUGAUGAUCUCUAAAGCGAUCUUCGGUUAUCACCAACUCAAUUCUUCCCACGACUGAACCUUCUCAAUCCUCCCAUAUUCGCCUCAGUCUUCGACUGUUCCAAUCAAAUAAAUUUAUUGUAGGACUGGAUCUGGAAUCCGGUGAGCUAAACCUCGGCGAAAAAGAAGAUGAGUUCAGUAGAUUCAUCUGAUUUUCAUCGAAUCGAAAACUCAUGCUGGGAACUGAAAUAAAUUAUGUUAUAAUGCUUAUCAUGAUGAUUAGGAUUAGGAUCUGUGCUUGUCAGAUUUGUUGCCGGUUUUCAUUAGAUGCAGUUUAUUUUUUACACGGCGGCGAGUGGCCUACGCAGUGGCCACAAUCCGGAACUGAAGAGGGUAUCCGAUUCAAGCGAACUAAACUGAUCCCUUUCAUUCUCAGAAAUCUUAUCCUACCCCGGGCCUACGUUAGGAACACUUCGUUCCUUAUGAUUUUGACAGCACUGGGUCUUACAAAUGUCAGUGCGAUUUGUAAUGCAUGCAAUGACAACGGAGUUGCCUGCAUAAGCCAAAACGAAUUUCAAGUCUGUAUCGAUGGUGUGGCUGAUACUUCGAAAAGUUUUACCUGCACUGGUGCCAACGAGUUAUGCACUACUUUUGGCCGGGCAUGCAUGGAUCCCACCGCUACCCAAGGAGUCACUAUAACACCAGCCUGUGGAGAUAUUUCAAAGUGUGGUGUAUGCACAGAUGUUGGUCCAGGUGGCUUUACUUGCACUAGUCGUACUAGUUAUACAAUGUGUUCAGGUGGAAGCUUAACAGAUGUACGUGGUUAUUGUCCAGACAAGUAUAUAUGUAAUGUGAACGAAGCUUCUUCUGGAACUCCAUGUGUGUUGGAAGGAUGUAAUUUAGAUUUAGAUCAAUUAUGUGAUCUAAGUGAUCCAAUUGAUGGCCCAAUUGAUGAUCCCGAUGCAACCACAACUGCACCUCCAGAGAUAAUAACUCCACCUCCAGAGAUAAUAACUCCACCCCCAGAGAUAAUAACUCCACCUCCAGAGAUAAUAACUCCACCUCCAGAGAUAAUCACUCCACCUCCAGAGAUAAUAACUCCACCCCCAGAGAUAAUAACUCCACCCCCAGAGAUAAUAACUCCACCUCCAGAAAUAAUAACUCCACCUCCAGAGAUAACAACUCCAGAGAUAACAACUCCACCUCCAGAACUGUGCGACUCAACACCUGCAACUACAACAACUGUGCCACCUGGAACGCUUCCAACACCUAACGAGGUAUGUUCCAGAUACACAGCAUCUGGGCGUUAUCCAUACCCCAGAGACACCGGAUGUACAAAUUACGUUUACUGCUUCUGGAAAGGAGGUUACUUACAAGGUACGGCGAUGACAUGUCCCGCAGGAUUGUACUUCAGUGCAGAAGCCAACAAUUGUAUUAACAUUAAGCCAGCCACAUGUGUGUAAAUUAGAACUUCCUGAACCUUAAAUUAUAGGUUUUCCUAGCUAUAAUUUUCAAAGUAAAUAUGACUAGAG